ACUGACAUGUCACAAUAUUCGUAGUUUUCCUGGCUGGAAGUUUUUAUUCUCAAAUAAUAUGCUAAUGGUUAAUUCUGCUGUCUUCUGAAUGUGAUGGAACGUGAACGACUGUACUAAGUUCUAAAAAUGGGCUUUUUCUUUUCCAUGCAACCUUCCUGUUGGAUGUUUAUCCAGCUGGAAUUCACUGCAACUGGUUCUUCCAACACAGACACAGGCAAAGCUUCGGGCAAUCUAGAGACCAAAUAUAAGUUCAAGGACUAUGGACUUACAUUCACACAGAAGUGGAACACAGACAACACGUUGGGAACAGAAGUUUCCAUGGAGGAUCAGUUGAUUGAAGGAUUGAAGGUGGCUCUUGACACUACAUUUGUACCAAACACAGGGAAGAAGGGUGGAAAGUUGAAGACCUCCUACAAAAGAGAUUAUGUAAAUCUAGGCUGCAACAUAGACAUUGAUCUCUCUGGACCAACCAUCUGUGGCUGGGCAGUGUUGGGCUAUGAAGGCUGGCUUGCUGGCUACCAGAUGGCUUUUGAUACAGCCAAAUCUAAGCUUUCACAAAAUAACUUUGCCUUGGGAUAUAGGGCAGGAGACUUUCAGCUGCACACUAAUGUGAAUGAUGGCACCGAGUUUGGUGGGUCCAUUUAUCAGAAGGUUAACGACAAGGUUGAGACAUCAGUCAAUCUUGCAUGGACUGCUGGCAGUAACAACACACGUUUUGGCAUUGCUACGAAGUACCAACUGGAUGAGAAGACUUCCCUUGUGGCUAAAGUGAAUAAUGCCAGCCUGAUUGGAAUUGGUUACUCUCAUGCCCUCCGACCAGGCAUAAAGCUGACCCUCUCAGGCUUGAUUGAUGGCAAGAAUUUCAGUGCUGGAGGUCACAAAAUUGGGCUGGGAUUUGAGCUGGAAGCUUAAUGCAGCUUAAAGUGAAGCUACAGGUGGUGCUCUGAAGGAUAAAGGAGAAGUGUACCCAGUAUGUUUCGGCCUUAAUAUUACCCUGAAAUUCCAAGAAGUGUGAACUUCCUAUUCUUCCAAAGAGUCAUUUCAGCCCAACACUGAAGUCCAGAGACUGCCAGCACAUCAAAGGAAGAUAGUUGAAGGCAUGCAUGGAAGUUGUGAUGUUUGUGCCACAUUUCACUUGUUUCCCACAUGUUCCUAAAACCAGAAGAAACUCCCACAUCUCCCCAUUAUUGUAUUGCAUCCUGCAUGUCUCGCACUUUACCACCUUUUACCAAAGGUGAGCUCUGUGCUGUAGCGGCAUCUUGGAUUUAAAUCAGAAUGAAAUAAAUUGGUCCCAGUUAGAACAUAA